GAUUGUGAAUUAAUUACAUAACUCUAAGUAAAGAAAUUACUCUCUUGAAUUAAUUACCAGCUGUUGCCAGACCUUCCAGCCACCGCACUCCACAUCUCCAGCCGGCAGCUUCUCUCCAUCAAUUUCAGGUUCCACUGUGAGUUUAAAGUCUUUUUGGAAACGUAUCGGGAAGUUUAGUGGUAUUCUGGGAUACGCCACUGGGUUCGGGUUCAUAUAUUUUGGAGUAAGUUUGUAACAAUCAUAUUAGUGGCUGAUGAAGGGAUUACAUUCCUAAUUACAACUAAAUUAGCGUUUAAAUAUGAAAGCUCACUCCUGGUGUAGAAUAUGAAUCUAAGGGAUGAAUUUGAAAUAGCGGUGAGAGUCCGGGAAGAUGGUUCAGAAACAGCAUGGUAUAAAGUUCGGAUACCCUCAUCGAAGGUGAAUGCAUACCAUGAAUACGACGGACGAUACAUCCCCCAUGACCACAACUAUGGUGACCCGUCAAGGUUCUUCUCCAAUCACUCCAUUCGGCGGUUGUCUAAAUCCACUGCAGACAAACCUCACCGUCGUUGCGCUGUGAUAAAAAAUACCAUCUAUACUUUCUCAGUCGAUGGCAUAUUUAUGCGUUCAAUUCUUUCGGAUUUUGACCAAAAUAAACUACAGUGGAAACCCGUUCCAUCUUGCCCCCCUAAUCUAUUUAUCAGGAACACCCCUAGCCCUAUGAGUUUGGGUGGACGAAUUUACAUUUUCGGGGCUAUGCUUUCGCAGGAUGAUCAAGAAUUGGGAGUCAUAUAUGACCCUGUCAAGGACUCCUGGUCCAGCAUUUUAUAUCAGAAUGAGAAUACAAUCAUACCCAAUUGUAAUUGGACAUUUGUUUCUUCCUUGGGUGAAUCUGUGGGGAAGAUCAUUGUUGCUGCUCCUUAUGUCGCGGAGGCGGAAUCAUCGGACAAGGGUAAGAGUAAAGCUGUACACUGCUUUGUGUAUGAUGUGGCCACGGGAGAGCUCAAUCCCUUCACUCACUCUGAACUCUCUCUGUGUUUGAAUAAUCUUCCCAUGAAUCCCGCCGUUGUUGAACAAGAUUCUACCGUCUAUUGGAUUGAUGAACAUAGUGGAUUGCUUUAUGCAUUAAACUGGAGAACUAUGGACUUGGUCUCUGGUCCCAUUAUAGGUCUCGAGCACGAAUCCUUCACUACUGCUAUCCACAAGAAUUACUCUAAACUUCCCUUAACUCAUUUGAAAGAUGGUUUAUUUUGCCUGUUGUGGUACCAAUUCGGUAGAAGUGAUUUUAGCUCCAAUCUUCAUUGUUUGAUCACGCGGGUUAUCAGAUACGCUUCCAGUGGCAUUUGUAUGUCUGUGGUGGGCUGUUUUUGCGCUACUACUCCUCAAUUUAUUGAACUAGUAGAUGCGUACCUCUUGAGCAGGACAAGUCAUAAUUGGACUAGUAGAAAAGGUAAAUAUGAAGCUAGGAGCAAGGAAGGUAGGAAGGUAGCUAUGAGUAGACCUGCUUGAAGGAAUGCUUUCCACCUGUGUGGUUGCUGACUUGCUAAAAAUUACAAUUGUUGACAAAACUUUGGCGGAUCAGUUGGCAUCUCUCAUUAGACUGCAUCUCCGGUUCUUUUCUCUAGGGAGCUAGGUUGGUUCCUGAUGUGCUACUACUGAGUUGUAAACUUUGGAGUGGUUGAACUUAUUAACUUUGAACUAUGAAUUACAGAUUGCUGAUGCCAUAGCGUGAAUGUGCAAUUAUUAAUAAGCAAUAAUGAUUGACAUAUUGAUCAUUUUAUAAUA